UUCACGUAGCAUGUCGUAAAAAAAAAAAAAGAGCUAUCGUUUGUUUUCAAAGUAGCAGACUUUCAUGUGCAUUGAUAUCCUGACUGUGGUGCGUUUUAAAUUGUGUAUUGUAUUUGUGAUUAUGCAGGAUGCCUCUUCAGUCGAGUCUGUACACUUUAACAACAUGGUGGACGUCGUGUAGGCUCUGAGGAGCCAGAGAAUGAGGAAAACCUUUAGCAAAACAAGCACGAAAAUGGCAACUUACAACGCCGAAGUCGCUGCAGGGCAUUCUGUCUUGGUGGAGGUGAGUCCAGACAUCCACAUCUGCGGCUUCUGCAAACAGCAGUACAAUAAUUUCGAGGUGUUUCUCGCCCACAAGCAAAAUGGAUGCUCUCUGCCCACCUCCGACACAUCAACAACUACCACACUUCCAGAUCCCAGCACUGAGUUUGUAUUUGAAGAAACGUACCAGUCGUGCGUUCGGAGAGGUGUCAAAAAGAUCCUGACCAAAGCGCAGAAAACACCUUCGAAAAAAUUGAAACCGGCCCUGACUUCAAAGAGACACAGCUGCUGUUUCUCAGGUUGCACUUUUAAGACACAGUAUGGCCAAAAAGACAUGGAGCGGCAUCUUAAAACCCACACCGGCGAGAAGCCGUUUGAGUGUGAGCUGUGCCACAAGCGCUUCAGUCGGCGGGACAAGCUCAACAUGCACAGCCGCUCGCACACGGGCGAGAAGCCGCACAAGUGUAAACACUGUCCGUACGCGGCGGCGGACAGCAGCAGCCUGAAGAAACACCUGCGCAUCCACUACGACGAGCGGCCUUUUAAGUGCCAGAUCUGCCCGUACGCAAGCCGCAACUCCAGCCAGCUCACUGUUCAUCUCCGCUCACACACCGGGGAUUCACCUUUCCAGUGCUCGCAAUGCGACGCAAAGUUCAAAAUCAACUCCGACCUGAAGAGGCACGUCCGCAUCCACUCGGGCGAAAAGCCUUACAAGUGCGACUUCUGCGAUUACCGCUGCGCCAUGAAGGGCAACCUGAAAUCCCACGUCCAGAUCAAACACAACUCCGGGGACUCGCUCAAAUGCGGCCACUGCGACUUUCAGUGCGCCAGCAAGACUGCUCUGCGGCAGCACACCCGAGAGCACCAGCCGGUUCAGCCCAUGCAGUGCUCCAAGUGCACUUACUCGUGCACCAGCAAGGGGGCGCUCAAAGUCCACGAGAGGAUCCACUCGGAGGAGCGGCCCUUUAAGUGCGACUUCUGCAACUUCGCCUCCAAGCAGCGCAGCAAUCUGGUCAUCCACAAAAAGAAGUGUCACUCGGAUAAGCCCGAGAAGGGCGGCAAACUAGGAGGGAAGAGCGGAGGGGGCGAUCCUCCGAAAAUGCCCGCGGGCUCCAGGUAUCGGGCGAAGCUGGAAGCGGCUCGAGCUUUCUGCUGUGACUCGUGCGACGCCUCUUUUGUGAGGGAGGACUCUCUGCGGAGCCACAAGAAGCAGCACAGAGAGGCUCAGAGUGUGUUGCAGCUGCAGGCCUGCACCCCGCCCGAUGCCGUCAACAUGGUUCCUGUCGCGACGUCGCAAAACGGCGCCCAGCUCCAUGUUCCUCUCCAGUCCGACUCGAUGGCUCCUUACAGCAGCGCGCAGCUCAAAAUAAUUGUAUCGCACCCUCUCAGCCAGGAGAACACUUUAAUCCCAGCCGCUGUGGAUGCUCAAAGUAAAACCAACAUGGUUCUGCUGAGUCCAGAAAGCCAGGACAUGGUGGUGAACUCUAUGAUCCAUCAAGUCAACCUUUUAGCGCCGAUUCAACCCCUCGGCUCCUCCCAAGCCGCAGAAGCCGCCAUUGAACCUCAGGCGGUUCUUUUGACGCAGCUCGCUCCCGACGACGCCAGCAGCCAGCUCCACCAGGCGCUGCUGCACACGGCCAUAACGGCUCAGGACUCCGGCGGCGGCUCCCAGACCUUCAUCACAACCUGCUCCGAACUGGAGGGACUCAACGCUCUGAUCCAGGAGGGCGGCACAGAGGUGACGGUGGUGACGGAAGGGAACACCGCCUUGGUUAUGAAUCCCCCCGACAUGGUGUGCGGACCGUCGGGAGAGCCAGCUCAGAGGACAGUCCGGGUGCAGGAGAGUGCCUUAACCUGUGAGGAAAGUGCGUUGCUCGUGCCAAACAUCACUCUGAGCAGCCAGAACGUCGUCAUCCACAGCGUUCCUCUCAUAGUGUCCACACAGGCUCAGCAGCUCUCUCCUCACACACUCUAUUCAGAUUCACACACACUUGAAUGAGGAGAGGGUUUGCUGUUUUCUCAGAGUCAAAGACUGUAAACUGCAUCAUAAGCUAUUUCUUCACCAGUAAGAACUCUUAGGACUAAGGUUGCGUACAGUAUGUGCAAGCCUUUAUCAACAACACCUUUUUGUUUCUAGAGAUUUCAUCAUGAAUUACUUCAGUAAAAAUACUGUUUACUUUGGAAUUAAUUGUUGUAGUAGCACCACAGUUUAAUCCUAAUUGUGUCAUGUUUAGCACCAAAUAUGACAAUCCAUCAGUUGGGCAUCAUCUCAUGCUCUAUUUUUAGGUGUAAUUUUGUAUACAUAGACAAUAAAUCAACUGAAUUAAUUCUUCAAUUUCAGGUUACAUCUCAAAGUAGUAAAAGAAAAUAAAGAAUGGAGCUAAAAAACUCAACUUGAAAUUGAAUGUCUGUGCCAUGAAUGUCUCCGUUUUGUCCAGUAGGUGGCGGCAGAGUUACACAAUUAACAGGUAAGUUUACGUUGAGGUUUGGAGUACCACUGUCUUGAAGUAUUGAUUCUACACUUUAUUUUAUGUGCAGCUUAAAGGAAAUUAACAUUUCCAAGUCCCCAUUCUGAAUCUAAAAAGUAGAUGUCUUAUGUUAUAGGAAACAUCAGGCCGAAUGUCAAGGUUGUCCUUUCUGAAAGGCAUGCAACUCUCCCAAUGGAUUUUCAAUAAAGUGCCUUGAAUCUA